AAAAGGAGUGGGUCUGGGUGCAUAGUCAGAAUAGCAACAACGUACUACGUCUGGGAAUAUUCGUGCACGGUAGAGAACGCGCCUCAGAGCUCCUCAGUUUUGAAUACAAUUUGUUUUGAGGGUUUACCAAGACGUAUUCAUUUUAUGUAAAUUCUUUAUUAAAUGCGGGGUUUUCUGAGGUGGUGGAGCCGCACUGCACAAAUCCAACGAGUUUCAAUUCAACAGUAGCCUAACGACCGACUGCUAUUCAUGGAUGGUCUUCUAAGGGCCACACUUCAUGGCUUUGUUUACUGUGGUCAUAACUCCACCCAAGGCUCCUGUGUGCCUUGUCAUCUGUACAGCCUAUUACUGUGACACGAGCCUGGCCCGCCAGACUGAUAGCAAGAGGCAAGGACGAGCUCGUGAAUAACCACAGCCUGUGUAACCAAGGUGUCAAGCAGGUCCCCUGUGUGUGAUGCCCUCUUGCUAGCAGGUCCCCUCCCAGAUUGUGAUGCAUCAUGGCUCCGGUGCUCAGUGCCUUGUUAGGGCCGGGGGUCGCGGGGUCAGGGGUCGCCAUGUCGACAUCGUUAGGCAGCGAGCCGCUGAUCCUAGUGGUCACCCUGAUGGCCAUCUCUGCCAUCGUGCUGCUCUCACUGCUACUGCAGCUGUGUGCCAGCUGCCAGGGGCAAAAUAAAUCCAAUGGCCGCCCAGGAGACCAUGAGAACCUCAUGAAUGGAGUGUCUGAGAGAGAGACGUUUACCGGAAGUCAAUCUGUGGACAGUCCAGGGACUGACCUAGUGGUGAGCAGUUCACACAACGGCCCACUAACCAGUGGUACAGUGUUGACAGACACCCAGGACAGCAGUCCCCAGCCCUCUGAGGAGAUGCUGUCCAGCCAGUCAGAGCUGCGGAGCUCCAAGUGUCCCCAGGACCGCGAGCUUCCCAGCAUCCCACCCAACAGCGCCCUGGAGGGGAUGGGAUCCUCCAGCGAACCCCCUCUACCCGUCUCCGGAGACGGCACCUACGAGGUGGUGAAGGAGAGAGGCGGCAUCUUAACGGCGUCCCGUGACGUGAGCGUUGAAGACUCCCUCUACGAGACGGUCAAAGAGCUGAAGGACCAUCCAGGGAGCCUGGCUGUAGGUAUACCCAACGGACACGGUACUACGUCCCCCUUCAGCCCCGAUGACGACCCUCACCACCUCCACAACCCCCUACCCCCUUCCCACCACCGUCCAGCCCUCCACAAUGACCACCUCAGCCCCUGCAGCACCCCGGAACGGGGGCCCCUGUGCGCGGGAGUGGAGUACGCCUCGGUGGAUCUGAACAAGAAGAGCCGUUACAGUGCAGACCUGGAGGCCAGGCGCUCAGCCACCAUCACUGCUGCUGUGAGCCCCACAGAGGAGCCCGAGGAGGAGGACAGACCCCCGCCUGUACCUGACAAGGUGCUGGAUGAGAACGACAACCAGCCUACCAUGAUGGACGCAGGAGGGGUGGUGGUAAUGGGGGCAGCACUUCACAACGGAGAGUUGCUCUCUCCCUCACCGGGGCUUCACAACCAUGUGCUGUUAGAGAACGAGCUGUCAGACAUGUACUCCACAGUGAGGAAGACACACCUAGACGUGGAGGAGAAGGAGAGUGACUACAGCAGCAUCGCUGAGAUCAAAGGUCUGGUCCCUGAGUCGUCCUCCAGUGAUCUCUACGCUACUGUCAGGGACAUCUACCCCCAGCUCGGAGAGGGGGAGUCAGACCCACAGGGACCCUCUGGGGUUCUCCAGGAGUCCCCUGCAGAGAGCAUCGACCCGGGCUACGAGAACGUCUGCCUCACUAAGACUGGUAAUGGAGAGGACUUGGGGCUGAGGAACCAGGUUCAGGAGCCAGACUAUGAGAGUGUAGGUGAGCUGGGCCUGGGGUUGAACAGGGAGAGUUCCCGUCUCUAACUGGGUAGUAAAGAUACAGUGCGGGGCCUAAACCUGAGCCUCUGGGGCCUCACCCUCAACCCCAGCAGUUAGCCUAACUAAUAGCCUCACCCUCAACCCCAGCCAUUAGCCUAACUCCUAGCCUCAGACUCAACCCCAGCCAUUAGCCUAACUCCUAGCCUCACCCUCAACCCCAGCCAUUAGCCUAACUCCUAGCCUCACCCUCAACCCCAGCCAUUAGCCUAACUCCUAGCCUCACCCUCAACCCUAACCAUUAGCCUAACUAAUAGUCUCACCCUCAACCCCAGCCAUUAGCCUAACUCCUAGCCUCACCCUCAACCCCAGCCAUUAGCCUAACUCCUAGCCUCACCCUCAACCCCAGCCAUUAGCCUAACUAAUAGUCUCACCCUCAACCCCAGCCAUUAGUCUAACUCCUAGCCUCAACUUUACCCAGCAGCCCUGAUGACAGGAACACCACCUCAGGGCUCUGAACUUCAACCUUCAACCCUACUGCCCAUCAUCACCAAUUCAGGGUUUCUGCCCACUACCCCCUCAGUGCAGUUUGGGUGUGCCCACAGCCCAGCGAUAUCUGACUGAAUUAGCUAUAAUCUUAACUCUGCAUCAAUUCAUGGGGCCCUUAAAUU